UACUAAUUUGUAUGCAAAAUGUCUCGCUGUGAUCAAGUAUUUUUGCUUUAAAAAUGCUUAGCAAGCUCUGGCCUGGCUCAAAUCGUACACCAGUAAACAAACUGCCACCAAGACAAGUUGAGGAGGUUCGUGUACCAGCUGUCGAAGAUGACCAACCACACAAUCCUUUUAAGGAAAUCCGUGUCUUGACAGGACAUCAAGAUAUAAUAAAUAUAAUAAAAGUUAUUGAUGAAACAAGACUGGCUUCAUCAGCUGAUGAUAACUUAGUUAAUAUUUGGGAUUUUGAGAAUGGUGAUAAACUUCAUGCGCUACACGGUCAUACCCGGCCAGUCACAUCUAUGCUUGUCUACCAGAAAACAGGAUUUGAACAUCAAGACUCAUUUCCAGUUUUAAUAACUGCAUCAUCUGAUAAAACUAUUAGAAUCUGGGACUGUGGUGAUGGUGUCUGUUUAAACAUUAUUCAAGAUCAUGCUAGCACAGUCAAGUGCCUAGUAAAUGUGCACGACUUUGCAUUUUGUUCUGGUGGAAAGGAUUUAUGUCUUUGGGAUAUUGAAGGACAAUUGCUGUGUAAAGAAGUUCAACCAGAUAAUGACUCUGAUGUUCAUUCGAUUUUACCGUUAAAGAAAGACAAGCUGGUCAUUGCUUUCAGCAGACCAUCACUAGUCGUCUAUUCCAUAUCAAAUGUACUACGAAAUAGAUCGUUUAAAUUUCACUCUCGAUUGCGACCCCAUCGAGACGACGUGAGAUGUCUAACAGGCUUAACAGAAGAGAGUUUUGUAUCCGCCUCGCUGGAUGGCGAAAUCAUCGUGUGGUCAAGCAAUAGUCUUCAACCAAUCAAACAGUUCAAUGAAAUCCGGGAAUUCGAAGGAACUACUCAUCUUUAUCCUUACAGCGUUCAACAUCUCUUUGUGCUAGACCAGAGAUUUAUAAUCGCCGCGGUUGGUGCAGGGUUUGCGAUUUACGAUGCGUUAUCAGGAAAAUGUGUCGCUCAACGGGAGAACGCUCAUCACUCGAAAGUAUCCUACGUCCAAUUGCUUAGCGACAGCUUCAUGUUAGCCACGUGUUCUGAAGACGGAACUGUUCGCUUAUGGAAAUCGUUGACUAGGCGCUUACCAGAAGAGUUUUCGCCGAUCGAACAUUUCCUGGGAAAAAGCUUGAACGAUAUAACAAGUGCUGUCACAGAGCCAGUUCUCUUGGGGGAAUGUCUGGGCCAUUCUGGAAGUGUUCGGAUGAUCGCUGAUUUUGGUGCUGACGGUUUUGCCUCGUGUGCAAGUGAUGGAAUCAUAAUUUUAUGGAAGGAUGGUUGGCGAGAGCGUCAAAAGAGACUGGAGCUAGCUACGAGUCUCCUCUUUAAUUGAAAAAAAAAUUACCAAUGGAAAAUUGUCUUCGUUUCCAGGACCACGCUGCACCCAGACUCACACCGUGGUCCUGGAGACGAGAAUUGAAGAAUAGGAGAUAUUACUGACAAUUGUUCUCCACAUAUUAUUCGGGGCAACAGUUGGUUCAAAAUUCAGUCAAUAUUUCUUAACAGCAAACACAUUUACAUAAAUUUGACUUCCACAGUUUGAAAUCGCAUUCGCAUAAAAGAUCUUUUCCUUUGAUAUUUAUAUCCUCCACGAGGCAAAAUGAUGGGAACAAUCAUUAUAAAAAUAAAAAUUAUAUUAUUAGCUCGCAAUAAUAAUAUUUUAG